AUGAUUCAAGCAAUCUUCUAUGCUCGAUUCUUUCCAAAAGAAGGAACCAAGAUCGUCGCGCAAAGUCCACCAGGCUCAAUCGUGCCAGUUCCGCUUCCAGAGGGCACCAAUGGUCCCCUCAACAGGAAGCCAUGUCUCUUCGACUUCAGCGUACUCCAGGAGUACAUCAUCCCGCGCAAGGCCUUCUGCAACCGCUUCAUCACCGUCAACGACCCGGACGGCAAGUACGUCAUCCUGGGAUACCCCGUCUCCAUUCCGGACCCGCGGUACGACCGAAACGAGUUCAUCUUCAACUUUGGGCUCGUCAUCAGCUGCGACGUGGUGGACCAGAUCCCCUAUGAGCGUGUCGUGAGGAGGCUGGCGGCCACCUUUGCCGAAAUGGAGAAGCAGGACGGCUACCUGAGCCAGGACGCGGCUACGAGGGGCGGAGCGGUCGCGGUCCAUGGAUAUGGCAAUGGCGGUGGCCGCUGGGUGGAUGGAGACGGGAAUGAGAUGGUGAACGACGCCAACACAAUCAACAUGAAACUCUUCCCCCACCACGUCAACCCCCCCGAAGUCAAAGGCUGGCACGUCCCCGUCGCCAAGAUGAAGUUCGCCGACGUCGUCAACCCAACCUGGGACCUAACCCUCCAGCGCGUCGUUGCCCACAUCGACGGGGUCUCGGACGUGCGUCGCAUCGCCCUCGCCUCCGGCGUCUCCCUCGAGCUGACCCAGCUCGCCCUCCGCCACCUGCUCUACUACGACACUAUCCUGCUCCUGGACAUGUUCUUUUUCGGCGCGUGCUACGCCCCUCGCCCGGGCAUCCACGACUUCAUCGCCAACGUAGGCGGGAUGGUCGACGAAUGCGCCAACUACGUGUGCGUCGGACCCAUCGAUCCAUCCCCCGGCAGCAACAGCAACAGCACCGGCACCGGCACCGGACCUUCUUCUUCCUCCGAUAACCACCACCGCCUCCGUUCCGUAUCAGGAAGCACCACCUUCCACAACCACAACCCCUCCAACCUCUCCACCUCAGCCAGUACCCGCCACAGCCACCUCUCCCCCAGCGGUCUCGGUCCAGGGGGAUCCGACCGCGAUCCAAGCCCUUACGCCCAACACCAUCUCUCCCCCGUGCACGAACGAAAACCUUCCACCUCCCCCCGCAAUAUCAACCCCCACACCUCUUCAUCAUCACCCCCUCCCACCAACAAAGUGCCACCACCAAACGGCUACCGCAUAUCCAACUACAUGCUAAUCCGCCUAAUUACCACCUUCUGCGUCGGCAAGACCGUAGCCGAAUGGCUGAAAGGGCACAUGGACUCCGGCUUCGACGUGCUUCGCUACGUGGACGUGCGCCGCUUAGUCCAGUUCGGCGUCAUCAAGGGGUGUUUGUACAGGGUGCACAAGUAUGUUAUCUCAAAACAGUAUUUGGCCGCGCUGGCUACGGGGUUAGCUAGGCCUGUUUCGCCUUCUGCAACCAACAAUACCAAUGGGAGAGAAAAGGAAAGGGAAGGGGGGAGGGGAGAACGGGAGGAUAAUAAAGUGGCGGUUCCGGGGGGACAUUAUGAUACUUACCGUGAACCUGGGAGUCAUGGUCAUGGUCAUGGGGGUAAGGGAGCCAACAAAAAGAUGGCGAUGAUGAUGAAGGCUAGUGGGGAUCCGUUGCAAAAGUAUAUGGAUGGACGACAUUGUUUUGAUCAGAUCAUGACUGAGAGGAACAUGACGGAUGCGGAGAUUAUGGAUAAGUUGAGGAAUUUCCCGGUGCCGGCGGGGGAUUUGACGGUGCUUUAUCGGUAG